UAUUUACGGAGGUACAUCCACGGGCGUAUUUCUUUGGACACGCGAUUGGAUCGGAUUUAUCAGCCAGACGCACUAGUGUCGAUCGAAAAACGGAACGGAAAUAGAUUUUUCGAUUCCGAGCGGUUUUCGAUGCGGUCAUCUGGUACGAUUUUUUUUUUCAAGUGCUAUCCCGUUUAUGGCGCAUUGGACCAGCGAACAAUAUUGCAGUGCACAACGUCGUACGGUCCCGGUAACGACUUCGUAUAGUAAGCUUACGGGUUCGCGAACUUAACAUAGUUAGCACAGUGAUUAUUUGUUCAUCCCUGUUUUCGCGAAACAAUCAACGACUCACGAUCGCGAUGGCGGACGGUCAUGUUGUCGUUACGGCGAACACGGUUGCGGUCGCAUUGCUGAUGAUCGCGGGCCACCGGGCUGUGGGGCAACAGAACGUGUCGUUCCUGAAUGGAUUUCCGGAAAACCUUACGUCGGACUCCGCCAUCGACGUUCAGUACACAUCGUGUAAAGUCAUCACCGACCGGAUCGUGGCCACGGCCGAAGGAAAGUUUUCGCGCUUCUGCCACGGCAUCUGCAACAUAAACGAAACCAACGCAAGACUACACCGAAUCGAAACUUUGUUAACAGCAGACAUAGAGAAUACGAAGUAUCGAUUGUUUCAAAUGGAACGCGUUUUGUUGGACGGCAACAGUAUAAGCAACGCGGGCACCAAGCAGUUACCGGCCGGGGACACCGGAAGACUCCGGGAGAUCGGUACGUACAAUGGCACAGUGUUCACCGCGGCGACGGACGGCGGUGGUGGUCGGCGGUCGGCCCCGGCCUCGUUCGUCUACUACUGGCGCGUAGACCUGUUCUGGCGGCUGGUGUUCGUGGACGGACAGGCCCGGAGCCCGCCGUUCUACGUGUCGCCCCGCAGCUACCGAAUGGCGUUGACCGUCGAUUCGGACGUGACAGCCCGGUCCGUGCGCGUGGCCGCAGUGCCGGUCGCGGGCGAGUUCGACGCGCAGCUCGAGUGGCCGUUCGUGCACCGGCUGCGGCUCAGCGUACUCGACCAAACGGAUGUCGCGCCCGAGGACAUCGUGUCCCGCGUCUGGGACGACGUACGCUGCGCCACGGCCCUGCAGCGCAUCGAUGGCGGAGGUGGUGUCUGCGCGUUCAUGGAGUUCCGGCACGACGUGCUCACGUACCGGCGUUACGCGUCCGGCGACUCGUUGCUCGUCAAGCUCACGGUUUUCGUCUAGUAGACCAAUGGGACCAGUUUAGCGGAUUUAGUGGUGAUGCAACGUGAUUUAAGUCGCGGAUGCAUGUCGUAGAUUUUCUUGACGGUGUCAUAUAAUUAUAAUACGUUAUGGGUGUGUAAUGCUUAACAAACAUUUAAACUGUCGGAUGACGGAUUCGACCGAAUCGUACAAACGUCAAACAGAAUUAUAAAAAUGUUCGUCGGAAAUUAUCGAUUUGCUCGUUGAUAUAAUUAUAUUAUUCCGUCGAAACAUGUAGUUAAGAAAUUAAUAACAUUUAUUAUGUCGACCAAUAGUUUUUCGUUUUUUUUUUUUACGUUUAUUAGUUGCACAGUGGCUUCCCAUUUCGGUCGCUGUAGACGGCUCAGGUCACGUAUAUAAAUGGCCGAUUUUACGUUGUUUUUAAUCCGUACACGAUUGUUAGUUUUUCAUUCUUUUUCUCUUUCGAACCGGUACGCGCAUUCCCGCGAAAUCGAAUAUACACGAAAGUAGUAAUUACAUCGAUUAACGGCGUACGUUUUACGGCUGUUUAUUGUUUGUUUUUAAAUCCGUUGCAUCUGCGUGCCUUACUCGUGUUUUACGGUUAUUGUUAUUGUUGUUAUUAUUAUAAACUAAAUUACGUCUCAAAAACCCAAUAAGCAGCACAAAGCGAGAACGUGGUCUUUACGUCGUAGAAACGCUGUCGGUCCGAUUGCGCCGUGUAUUUUGCAUUUUGUCGCUGACAUAAAUCUUCUUGACGACGUCGGUCCUUGGAAGAAUACAACGUGAUCGACCGGAUCACUCUAACAACAAUACCAUAAAUCUAUACUAUAUUAUUUUACGAUCCGUGCGCUUUUAAUCAUCAUUUGACUUAGGUAUUGUAUUUUUUUUUUCUAUAUACGUAUUUGGUUUUAUCUAAUGACAAUAUAGCAUUGCUGUUCGUCAACGAAUUUCACACCAGCUAAUUGUAAUUCACGACUCCUCAUCGAGGCGAUUGAGAUUUUAAUCUUCUACCGUUGGAGUCUAUGUACGCAUCGUUAAAAAAAUAAGCUUUUUAUUGGAGUAUGCUUUUUUUAGCGCGAUAAAACCGACAAUUAGCUGGCCGGUAAAAUAUGAAAAUAAAAAAUUCCAAAUGGGCUGACGGCACAUCGCAAAACACGAAUUUCCCAUAAACCUAUGGUACACUAUUAUGUCUCGUAUAUUUUCACAUGUUGAUAUUAUAAAACCGUAAAUCAACAUGUAGGUAAUACAUGCCUUUUAUGAUACACCAAGUGGGUAUAAUAAUAAACGCUUUGUUACACUUUUUACUAUACAAUACAGUGUUUUUACUGUUUUCCCGAUAAUUGUUUUGAUUUCGUAUUAAAUAUGAAAUAUAUGUGUUGUAUUGUUAU